GUAUUGAUACUGCCACCUGGAGUUACAUUUCCAUACUGCCUAUAGCUGUAAGAAAGGCAAAGUUUGUCGUUCAACCCAAUUGGCUCGCUGCCAGAAACAGUCAUGAAUAACGCAACGCACUUGUCUUAAUCAGAAGUAGGGGGUUGCCGGGUUCAUCCGCACUCCAUUACUGAACCCGCUAUGCGCGUCUCCUGAACUCCAGCCGUGAACUACGGCCCUGUAAAGAUGGAUGUUGAUGAGCAGCUAGAGGAUGCUUUUGAGGCCGCGUUCGCCGAAGAUGAAGCGGCCGGCGUUGAAGAGCCCGCGACAGCGGACAAUGUCGCGACGGGGCAGGAUGGUGCGCCCGAUUACUUAGAUGAGGACGACUACGAUGAUACCGAGGGCCCCGCAAGAGGCGAGCCACAGCGUGCCGCUGACGCGGAUGGCAGCAUCCAGGUGUUUCACAUGUUGCGUGAGGGCCCAGGUGGCCGGCAGCAGGAUCGGGUGACUACUGAAGCAGCGCCAGCACAGGAAGCAGCUGCGGCCUACAAGAAAGAGGUGUUUGACUCGCUUACGGAGGAGCAGAAGAACCGCUACGAGGUCUUCAUGCGCUCCUCGCUGCCCAAACCCAAGAUGAAGCGGCUGAUGCAGGCCAUCCUGCGCAAUGCGGUGCCCAACGAGAAGGCCGUCAUCGCCAUGUGCGGCAUCAGCAAGCUGUUCGUGGGGGAGCUGGUGGAGACGGCCCGCGGGUGUGCCUCCCAGGAGGGGCACACGGGGCCGCUGCUGCCGCGCCACAUCCACCGGGCCUACCAGCAGCUGGGGGCGGCGGGGAAGCUGCCGCACAGGGCGAAUGCGCGCAGGGUGUUCCGGUGACACAUGGGGGUACUGAAUGG